GGGGAAAUGGGCGUGGCUAAAUUUAUUGCCAGGCGUUGUGGGGCUUACUAGCCUGGGAAGUCUCAGGGUUUGGAGUCGGGGGUCGCCGACAGGCACCCCCCACGAUCGGGGGGUAAGGAGAUGGCAGCACGCUGGAGCAGCGAGAACGUGGUGGUGGAAUUUCGGGACUCUCAGGCAACUGCCAUGUCUGUGGACUGUCUUGGGCAGCAUGCAGUGCUUUCUGGCCGAAGGUUCCUGUACAUCGUCAAUCUAGAUGCCCCUUUUGAAGGUCACCGCAAAAUCUCCCGCCAGAGCAAAUGGGACAUUGGAGCUGUGCAGUGGAACCCUCAUGACAGCUUUGCACACUAUUUUGCAGCUUCGAGUAAUCAACGGGUUGAUCUUUACAAGUGGAAAGAUGGCAGUGGGGAAGUUGGGACAACAUUGCAAGGCCACACUCGAGUAAUCAGCGACUUGGACUGGGCAGUAUUUGAGCCAGAUCUCCUGGUCACCAGCUCUGUGGACACCUACAUCUACAUUUGGGAUAUCAAAGACACAAGAAAGCCUACUGUUGCACUGUCAGCUGUAGCCGGUGCCUCCCAGGUCAAAUGGAAUAAAAAAAAUGCUAACUACCUUGCCACCAGCCAUGAUGGUGACGUACGGAUAUGGGAUAAGCGGAAACCCAGUACAGCAGUGGAGUAUCUAGCAGCCCACCUCUCCAAAAUCCAUGGCCUGGACUGGCACCCAGACAGUGAGCACAUCCUGGCCACCUCCAGUCAAGACAACUCCGUCAAGUUCUGGGAUUAUCGCCAGCCUCGGAAAUACCUCAAUAUUCUCCCUUGCCAGGUGCCUGUCUGGAAAGCCAGAUACACACCUUUCAGCAACGGAUUAGUGACUGUGAUGGUUCCCCAGCUGCGGAGGGAAAACAGCCUGCUCCUAUGGAAUGUGUUUGACUUGAACACUCCAGUGCACACCUUUGUGGGACAUGAUGAUGUGGUCCUGGAAUUCCAGUGGAGGAGACAAAAGGAAGGGUCCAAGGACUACCAACUCGUCACGUGGUCCCGGGAUCAGACAUUGAGGAUGUGGCGGGUAGAUUACCAAAUGCAGAGGCUCUGUGCCAAUGACAUACUGGAUGGUGUUGAUGAGUUCAUUGAGAGCAUUUCUCUUCUCCCGGAACCAGAGAAGACCCUACACACUCAAGACACAGAUCACCAGCCCAACUCAAGCCACGGAGAAGAAGAUGGUAAUGCAAUCGAUAUCCUAGCCUUAAAGGAAGAUCCUCCCAGCAGUUUGCUGGAAGAGAGGAAAUCAGACCAACUAGGCCUGCCUCAGACUCUGCAGCAGGAAUUCUCCUUGAUCAAUGUGCAAAUCCGGAAUGUCAAUGUGGAGAUGGACGCUGCAGACAGGAGCUGCACAGUGUCUGUGCAUUGUAGCAACCACCGUGUCAAGAUGCUGGUGACGUUCCCAGCACAGUACCCCAACAAUGCUGCUCCUUCUUUCCAGUUCAUUAACCCUACCACCAUCACAUCUGCCGUGAAAGCCAAGCUGCUGAAGAUCCUAAAGGACACUUCCCUGCAGAAAGUGAAACGCAACCAGAGCUGUUUGGAGCCCUGCCUGCGCCAGCUCGUCUCCUGCCUUGAGUCUUUCGUGAACCAAGAGGACAGUGCUUCUAGCAACCCAUUUGCACUCCCAAACUCUGUCACGCCGCCCUUACCGACAUUUGCACGGGUGACCACUGCUUAUGGAUCAUACCAGGAUGCCAAUGUUCCCUUUCCUAGGACCUCUGGGGCCAGGUUCUGUGGAGCAGGUUACCUGGUGUACUUCACAAGGCCCAUGACGAUGCAUCGCGCAGUGUCUCCAACAGAACCUACUCCUAGAUCUCUCUCAGCCCUAUCUGCUUAUCACACUGGCUUGAUUGCACCCAUGAAAAUCCGCACCGAGGCCCCCGGCAAUCUGCGUUUGUACAGUGGGAGUCCAACUCGAAGCGAGAAAGAGCAGGUCUCCAUCAGCUCCUUCUACUACAAGGAACGGAUGUCUCCUCGCUCUGCCCGGCGACGUUGGUCCAUACAAGCAAUUAACGACUUCCCGAAAUCAAGGAGGUGGAAAAGUAAGCGGGAAGGAUCGGACUCUGGCAAUCGACCCAUUAAGGCUGCUGGGAAGGUCAUCAUUCAGGAUAUUUCCUGCCUCCUUCCUGUUCAUAAGUCACUGGGAGAGCUGUACAUACUGAAUGUGAACGACACUCAGGAGACGUGUCAGAAGAACGCGGCCUCUGCCAUGCUUGUUGGAAGGAAGGAUCUCGUCCAGGUUUGGUCGCUGGCCACGGUAGCUACAGAUCUUUGCCUUGGUCCGAAAUCUGACCCAGAUUUGGAAACACCUUGGGCUCGACAUCCAUUUGGGCGACAGCUGCUGGAGUCCCUAUUGGCUCACUAUUGCCAACUCCGUGAUGUUCAGACCUUGGCUAUGCUCUGCAGUGUGUUUGAAGCCCAGUCCCGGCCUCAGGGGUUACCAAACCCUUUUGGGCCUUUCCCUAACCGUUCUUCUAAUCUUAUGGUAUCCCACAGUCGAUACCCCAGCUUCACCUCCUCAGGGUCCUGCUCCAGCAUGUCAGACCCAGGGUUCAACACCGGUGGCUGGAACAUAGCAGGAAGAGAGACAGAACACAUGUCUUCACCUUGGGGAGAGUCUUCUCCAGAAGAGCUCCGCUUUGGGAGUCUAACCUACAGUACUGACCCCCGUGAGCGGGAACGCGACCAGCAUGAUAAAAACAAAAGGCUUCUGGACCCUGCCAAUACGCAGCAGUUUGAUGACUUUAAGAAGUGCUACGGAGAGAUCCUCUACCGCUGGGGUCUGAGAGAGAAGCGGGCAGAGGUGCUGAAGUUUGUGUCCUGUCCUCCUGACCCUCACAAAGGGAUCGAGUUCGGUGUGUACUGCAGCCACUGCCGGAGUGAAGUCCGUGGCACACAGUGUGCAAUCUGCAAGGGCUUCACAUUCCAGUGUGCCAUCUGCCAUGUGGCUGUGAGGGGGUCAUCCAACUUCUGCCUGACCUGUGGGCAUGGCGGCCAUACAAGCCACAUGAUGGAAUGGUUUCGGACCCAGGAGGUAUGUCCCACUGGAUGUGGCUGCCACUGCCUGCUGGAGAGCACCUUCUGAACUUGAAAGGUGAUGGUAAUGUCCAAAAUCCCAGAGGACGCCAUAAAAUGCUGGAGGAGGCUUUCUGCUGCUGGUGGUGGAAAGUUCCAGAACCCGGGCUAUCCCCAGUGAUUCAGACUGUCACAGCAUCUGCUCCGCAUGAGACUUUGCCUUCCCUUCAGUAUGGCUGUCAGGGCAUGGAUGGUGCUGGUUGAAAGGAGGGGGAGCACAGAGUUUGCUUCCUGCACCGUCUAUUGAGUCCACAGUGGAUGCUUUCAUGGGGAAAAGCACCUGUUUCCAGAGCCAGCAUUAGCCUUUCAGGAGUUGUCCUUGAACCAGGAAUGGUCUCUCCAAAUGCCAGUACAAAAUCACAUCAGCUGCAAAAGACAGUCUCCCGAGCCAAAAGACACUGAGCCCAUGACAUCUGUGACUUUAGAAGCUGGUACCUUUGAUGAGUUAAUGAACAGAGGCCUUAUAAAAUAUAAUACUGAAGUGUAGUAUAUGAUGUACUUAGAUUUCUUUUUCCUAGUCCAGGCGCUUGAACUUGGGGCCUUGUACAUAAUAGUGAGCAGCUGUACCACAGAGUUACAUUCCCAGCCCCUUAAGGAGUCCUAAGAUGUAUAUAUUUUCAAGCUUGUCCUCCAUCUGCUUUUCCUGGACUAAUAAAGCUUUAUACUUGUUUGAGAGAGAGAGAGAGAGAGAGAGAGAGAGAGAGAGAGAGAGAGAGAGAGAGAGAGAACAGGAAGCUGACCGUUUUAGUGGUUCCUUUUGCAUUGUACUUCUGAUUGAAGUUAAUUGUUUUGGAAAGGACGAGAAUUAGUCCCGUGACUUCUAAAGAAAAUGCUGUUUGACUUUGAUCAUCUGACAGGAGGAAAUAGAAUCUGACAUCAAGGUUCUUCCUAGCCUCAAGAGUCUCAUAAUUAUUUCUCCUAGCAAAAGGGAAAUGAGAUUGCAUUUCAGCAUUGAUACCAAAGCCUCUCUCUGCCUCUGGACAUGCUCGCUGGGCUCCGGGGGGCCUUUUUACUUGAACUCCCUUGAAAACUCAUCUCAGUUCCUCCUUCAGGAUUUUUAGUGCUUUCACAUGCACGUAUACCAGGGAUGAGAAUAAAAACAAAACAAAAAGCCACUAUACUGAAAUUUCUGUCUUAGAAAUAUAAGUUCCUUGGACAUGUGGUCUCAGGUGGGGGAAAGGUACCUGCCACUAAGCUUAAUAACCUAAGUUCCAUCCCCAGGACUCACAUGAUGGGAGAACUGACUCACAAAAGUUGUUCUCUGACUUCCACAUGUGUGCUGUGAUGUGUGAAUGUACACACAGACACACACCAAAAAUGUAAUUAAAAAGUUGUAUGAUUCCAAAUUGAUUAACUUGGGA